CUUUUGCGCGUCGCGGAUGCAGGUAUAAAGGUGUGACCCCGACGCUGUACUGCCUAAUCUCGAAGACUAGUUUCUACCAUUGAUCUACAACAAUGAGCGGUAUUGGCACAGGAUACGAUAUCUAUUCAUCAACAUAUUCCCCCGACGGACGUCUCUUUCAAAUAGAAUAUGCAAAUAAGGCAGUAGAAAACAGCGGAACUGCCAUUGGCCUACGUGUGAAGGGCGGCGUCGUUCUUGCCGUUGAGAAACUUGUACAAUCAAAGCUAGUUGUUCCUGGAUCAAACAAACGUAUUCUAAGCGCGGACAUGCAUGUCGGCAUUGUUUCUGCUGGAUUACUGUCUGAUGGACGUUAUAUAGCUCAAAGUGCAAGAGACGAAGCGAAGAGCUGGAGAGACAAUUAUCGUCAACCUAUUUCUGGAAAGUCAAUGGCAGACCGAUUAGGACUCUUUGUUCAAGCACAUACUCUUUAUUCUUCCGUCCGUCCUUUAGGUGCCGGAACCAUCAUAGGUACAUACUUGGAUGGCGAAGCAACGCUUUACAUGAUUGAGCCUUCUGGUGUCUAUUGGGGCUACCACGGAUGUGCUGUUGGCAAGGGUAAAUCUGUUGCAAAGACUGAAAUUGAGAAAUUGAAGUUGGAUGAGAUGAGCGUACAAGAGGCAGUCAGAGAGGCAGCACGCAUUAUUCACACAGCACACGAUGAGGCCAAGGAUAAGGACUUUGAGCUCGAAAUCACGUGGAUAUGUGAAGAGAGCAAAGGAAAGCAUACCGCUGUCCCCAAGGAUAUCGUCGAAGAAGCUGAGAGACUUGCUAAAGAAUCCAUAAAAAGCGAGAUGGAUGAUGCUUAAAUGUCAAACGUGCAAUAAAUAUUUCUUUUUUGAAAGCUCACUGCUGAAGGACACAAUGUGGUUGACGUAACCGCUUGAAUACCUGUCAAGGCUAUAGAAGUAGUGUCGCACAAAUAUAUCUUUCACUCAAGGA